GAAUUAUUCUACAAUGACGGUAUAAAUCUGUAGUCCUCCUUUGAUGGUCACAGUCGGACCACGCGACUCGGGAGUCUCAGAGAACAUUAUCAUGUGGUUCAGGGUUCUCGUACUGGUCAGCGUGGCCACAGCUCUGGCCCAUGCUCACGGCACAUAUCGUCUGAUUGACCCUAGACUUGUUCCUGGCUGGCUUGAAAGAUUUCCAAACUCUAGAAUCUUACUCAACAGAUACAAUUUCGAUUACCUAUAUCGAAGGUUAAUCUUGAGGGAUCCCUACUGGUACAGAAGGAUAAAUAUGUACAGGCAAAUGUACCCAUAUCUCUUUAAUCGUCCGAGGUAUAUUAAUCAUAUCCACACAAGGAGGAAUAUCGGAAUACUUUCUCCAAGGAUCCUUGCCACCAGAUCUGUUAGAGUGCAACCUGCGCCAUAUGUUCGUUCAUUGCGUGUCAACAGAUUUCCGGUACGUGCUGCUGUGCAAACAACUUCCUUACGAUCCAAUGCACCAAUGGUAGGAGGGUCGUCGACGUUUGUGCGUUACUCCAGUCCAACGAUUGCGAAGUACAACACUCCCUGGUCGCGGAUUUCGUCCAGUUACAAGAACUACGGGCAAGCUGAAUCCUCUCCACUUUAUGAUCGCCCAGAAUUCGGCGGAGGAGCUGUGGGUCUCGAAGACGGGUUUUCGUCCUCUGACGCAGGAUUUCUGGAGGGCUCUCUUGGUGCAGCAGGCCAAGAUUUCGGAGGUUUUCCUGAAGGAGCGAUAGAUAGUGGUUUCUCGUCUGCUGGUUUCCAAUUUGGUGGUGGUUUAUCGACUGACGAUGCAUAUACAACUGGCGGUGGUUAUGCGAAUGAGUAUGGUUAUUUGGGUGGUUCAGAGGUAUACCAAGGCGACUCCAAUGAGUAUGGUUAUUUGGGUGGUUCAGAGGUAUACCAAGGCGACUCCAAUGGUCCCUACUACUCGAGUUCUUCUGAAGGAUCCAUUGGCUACGAUGAAGAACCCAAAGCGGUGUUACGCCAAGAUGUUUUCUAAAGUGUACCUUCUGCAUGUAUAACACCACAUAAAUCCUACAUUAUGAUA